UCCGCUUUUAGAUGGCGCUGAUCCAGUGAUCGUUGACCGACAACCUCAUUGGCUCAUUCAGAAUUUCUGAUUCAGUCCUACACAUACACCCACUUAAGCAGUUAUUUGAGUGUGAGUUAUUAGACUGUAAAUACUUUAUUGAACUAUCUCUGAGCUUUAUUUUUGCAUUGAUUCGUGGUCUUGGUGGUUUUGCAUAGUUAAUAUUUACGGCACUUGGCCAUUUUUAACACAAAUAUUCGGAUUCGGCAUCUUUUGACAACACCACUGGGAUGAGCUCUCAGCAAUUCGCCUGGGAACGUUCCUUCAUGUGCAACAUGACCGAGUCCAGCACAUUCAGCAUCACUCACAUGCCUAUCUCGAUGAAGGAAGUGAGGCAUGGUCUGUUUCGCAUUCACUGGAACUUUGAAAACAGAGAUCACCAGGAAGGUGUCUGCAAGGAGGUGAUCCAAUUGUACGGGACUCAGUCAGGACGAGGCUACAUCUUCACUUACCACCUCGAAAUUGUGCUGGACAAAUUGAGAGACAAGCCUUAUCUUUUUACCAUCACUGUCGAGGAAAGCAGCAGCAGCAGCAAAGAAUCCAGUGACUGUGAGACGACCGUAACCAACUCAACCACUCGUCCACAACAGCAUCAGCAACCGUUGACUGAAACAACAUUCUGUCCUGCCAGUUACAUCUCGUUGCCGAAAUCCGGGCUUCCGGUUGCCGUUUGGAUCCACAUCGAGGAAAAUUACAAAGACGAAAUACACUUGUGGAAAACGGAAGAGACUGACAAGUGGAUCAAGAAAUUGCGGUUCAGCCGAUCGCCGGAAGACAUCACUCUGUGGGUGGAUUUCGGAACCAUCACGGCGAGCGAAAAUAAAAUGAUCAGCUCCAUGGGGAAACUGGCCGACAUGUUCAGAAAUCAAACCCUGUGUGACGUCCAGUUCAACUUCAUUGGCGGUCAAUCUGUUGGCGCUCACGUUGCGAUUCUGUCGGCCGGCAGCCCAGUGUUCGCCGCCAUGUUCCAGUCAACUUUCAUGGAGUCCCUCACGCGGCAAGUGAUGAUCACCGACAUUGAAGUCGACAUUUUCAAACAGCUGCUCGUUUACAUGUACACCGGGAGCAUACCCGAAUUGGAAGAAGAGAACGUCACGCUGCUUUUCGUCGCUGCGGACAAAUACGGAAUCGAGACCCUCAAGGAAGUGUGCGCCGACGACUUGCUGGAGCAGCUGGAAACCGAAAACGUCAUCAAAAUGCUGGUCUGGUCUCAUUUCCAUUCGAUUGCCAAGGUGUUUGAAGGUGCCAUGGAGAUUUUAGUGGACAAUUACUGCGAGCUCUGCUUCCAGCCGGAAUGGCUGGAUUUUACAAAGAACUAUCCUGAUUUGUGCGUGAUGGCGACACAGCGCAUCGCCUUGGCCACUCAGCGGAUCGUCAUGUCCUCUCAGCAUCCGAACCCAUGGAUGCAUUGAAACAGGAAAUUUAUCUUCUAGUUCGUUUUGGUCGUCUUAGUCAUUAUUCACUUUCAAUUGCUUUUAGUAGAUUAAAUGUUGCGAAAACUAAAAUUUGUCGUAUUCCAAAUUUUCCAUAUUGGCUAAUUAUUUUUAAAAACAAAUUUCUUGUGAUGAAAAUGUCUUGCUCAAAUAAAAUAAAACAUUAGUUCCCAUUCAAGUGGAACUCGGUGCGAUAUAAUGGAG